UUCAAUUCAAUGAUUCCUUUUUGCAGUUCUAUUCGAUAUGAUUUCACAUUAUCGAAAGCUGAUUGGCCCAACAUGCAGCACCAAGAUUACUUGAUCAACCGAUCCAGGGCGGAUUGGAAGAAAUUUCCUGAAAUACUGGCAGCCCUAGAUGACAGCAACGAAAACACCACGAAGUUCGAUGAUGACGAGUUCUUCAAGGAAAAUUUAUUGCGAGUUCAUUUGUACAUGGAAGAAAUGGUAUACAUGUCAAUAGAAGAGAGAUACAGCUACACGUUGCCGAAACUAAUGGCAGAUUUGGGUGGCUGCUUAGGACUCUAUCUAGGUGUCUCAGUGAUUUCUAUAAUCGAACUAAUUGAACUUAUUGGUACUGCUUCAGUGCUUGGCUUAUGCAAACAAAAGAACCAUACUAAGAGUUGGUCUUCUCAUCCAGCUGUCAGGACAGGGUCCCGAAGGAAACGUGGCAAAAAUCGAAAUAAAACAAAAACAGAAAAUUUACCACCAGGUUACUCCUUUUUCAGACCUCCUGUAGGAUAUGUUAAGCCAAAAGGAAAGAAAACUAAUUUCAGCAAUGAUCAUAACACAUGGAGGAGUUCGACAUUUUUUGAAAAGAACGUUCAAGAAGAUGAGAUUGGUGGAAAACAAGUUAUAAAGAGAUUUUGAAGCAUCGACAAUUGUGCAUUAAGUUCAAAGAAAUAAAAAGCCCUGAAUCACUUUUGAUCUACUUAUUCGAAUUUCAUGAACGAAGUUGAAGUUCUCAUUCCUUUCUUAAGAUAUCGGAGAACCUUUAUUUAAAAACAAGCCGAAACUUAUAGCUAUCUAAGCUUUUACUCUAUAAAACACUUAUGAGCAGAUUGUUAAAAAAACCGAUAAAAUUUAUUUUUCUUUUACGUUGGCAAAGAAAUAUCAAGUAAGCAAACAGUCAUAUAUCUGAACGCUUAACUUUCAUGUUUUAAAAUUUCUGAUUAAAAUUUUCUUUCCUUGCGAAUGAUAUAGAAAAGCUGAAAGAAAUAGAGUUGAGUAGAAAUGAAAAGUUACUAAUUCUUAUCUAUACAUUCAAUUUUUAGAACUCCAUUUUAAUUCAAUUUUUAGAACUCCAUUUAGAACUUCAUUUCAAUUUUUAGAUUUCCAUCCUUAAUUGUGCUUAUAAAUUUACGCAGAUUCAAUAAUGAUUUGCAACUAUUUAUGUUAACAAACAAACUGAUUUACGUUGCUUACUCUCAACGAGAAGAAAACCGCUGAUACACAACCACUUGACGUAUAACUUCAGUGCCAGCUGUUAGUUUAUAAAAAAGAUUGCGUAUUAACGCUACAUAUGUUAGGCUUACUUUAUUUUCUCCUUAUUUUCGUUAAUAAAGGAAAAUUAGCUUAUUUCUUUUGUUUUGCAGAGCAUUAAUAACGUAUUUCAUUAAUUUACAAGAAUUUAUUAGUUACGAUAUUACCACAUGAUACGAUAAUCGAUUACGAGAUUGCAUAUCGAAUUGAUAUUUUAAUGAUUAGGCUUACUCGAAAUAGAAUGAAAAAAGAACAGUUACUAACAUAAACUAAUGCCACGUUUCAACAGCCAAUCAGAAUCGAAACUGAAGAUAAUGUCGUUUGUAGGUAUUUAAUUCCUAACUAUCUUUCAGUUUUAAUGAUGCUUAGACCUUUGCUUUUCUUUUUUUCAAUUUUCUGAUAUUUUGUUAUUUUUAUUCUUUUUUCUGACUUUAUGCAAGAUUAAAGAAUAAGUUGCGUUACCUAAAUUUUACUUUAUUUUAUAACAGCCGACCCAAUUUUAUGCCCAAUUACCUAA